CACAAAUACUAGAGUCACUUCACACACAAUCGACCAAGUCACUCUGACCAUUUUCCUUUCCCGCCUGUUACUCCAAAAUGGGAAAACGCCGGCGAGCAGACUCCGAUUCCGACUCCGACGACGACACCACCACCACACGUCUCCCCUUCAAAAACCGUCUAAAACCAGACUCCGUCAUCUUAUCCACCCUCAAAACCCUAUCCGCCGCCACCAAAUCCGCCUCCACCUCCAAAACCCUAACCCUAACCGAUCUCUCUCUCUCCUCCACCUGCCGUGAAGUCACCGACCUCCCGUUAUCCUCCGUCCAAAAUCGCAUCCUCACCCUCGCCCUCAAUCUCACCAAAUCCAUCCUCGCCGGUAACGGCUUCUCCUUCUCCGUCCCCUCACGCGCCGCCACGAACCAGCUCUACGUGCCGGAGCUCGACCGCAUCGUUUUAAAGGACAAAUCAUCCGUUCGUCCGUACGCAUCCGUAUCAACUGUACGGAAAACUACGAUUACGACGAGAAUAUUGUCGCUUAUACAUCAAUUGUCGUUGAAGAAUAUCCACGUCACCAAGCGUGACCUGUUUUAUACCGAUGUGAAGCUGUUUCAGGACCAGACGCAAUCCGACGCCGUUUUGGAUGAUGUGUCGUGUAUUUUGGGGUGCACUCGGUCGUCGUUGAAUGUUGUUGCUGCUGAAAAAGGAGUGGUUGUUGGGAGACUUGUGUUUAGUGAUAAUGGUGAUAUGAUUGAUUGCACAAAAAUGGGGAUUGGAGGUAAAGCAAUUCCUCCAAACAUCGAUAGAGUAGGUGAUAUGUCUAGUGAUGCAUUGUUCAUACUAUUGGUUGAAAAGGACGCUGCAUAUAUGAGAUUAGCUGAGGAUCGGUUUUACAAUCGGUUUCCAUGCAUUAUUGUAACAGCAAAAGGCCAGCCUGAUGUGGCUACAAGGCUGUUUUUGAGGAAGAUGAAGAUGGAGCUGAAACUGCCUGUGUUGGCUCUUGUGGACAGUGAUCCAUACGGGUUGAAGAUUUUGUCGGUCUACGGUUGUGGAUCGAAGAACAUGUCCUACGAUAGUGCGAAUUUGACUACGCCGGAUAUAAAGUGGUUGGGGAUUAGGCCUAGUGAUUUGGAUAAGUAUAAGAUACCUGAACAGUGUCGGUUACCGAUGACAGAGCAGGAUAUUAAGACCGGUAAGGAUUUGUUGGAAGAGGAUUUUGUGAAGAAGAACCCGGGGUGGGUUGAGGAGUUGAGUUUGAUGGUGAAGUCGAAGCAGAAGGCGGAAAUUCAGGCGUUGAGUACGUUUGGUUUUCAGUAUCUGUCGGAGGUUUAUCUGCCGUUGAAGUUGCAGCAGCAAGAUUGGCUCUAGUGAUUGUUUGUAACCUCUUUGUUUUUCAUUGUAGCAAGUUUAUUGUUCUUCAAGUGUAAUAUUAUGUUGGCUUGAAUUUAUAAAAACUGUCAAGAACCAAGUUUUACAUGUUUUAUGUAUUUGAAAUAAUGUGUUAUUAGUCUUUUGUCUUUAA